GACGGUUAAGCUUUAGAUAAGGUUUGAUUGCCCAUAACUUGGGAAACUAACUUGGAAUAAAAUAUAUUCUUGAAAAAAGAUAAUGGCUUCACUAGAAAAAUAAAUGUGUUGGGAUGAGCCUGCAUGGCACAGAAAUGACCUGGGAGAGCUGCACGACGCACUGUCACCACAGUCCUAGUGCUGCCACGACAGUGACGGAUGGAAGCAUCUUGCCUAAAAAACUCUAGAAUGUGUUACUUUGCUGAAACCAUAUUCAAAGGCUCGGUCGAUUGAUCCCCUGCAAGAUACACUUGAAGAUAACCUCUAAAAGGAGCCAUGCGUCUCUUUGCAAGUCUGUGCGUUGCGCUUAGCUUUUUGGCAAGAGUGAGCUGUCCGUGUCCUUCACGGUGCACCUGUGAUUAUCAUGGCGGAGAUGACGGCAUGGGAUCGAGGUCUGUGCUAUGUAGUGACCUGGAUAUGAACGAGGUACCUACAAACUUCCCCGUGGACACUGUGAAGCUUCGCAUAGAGAAGACCGUUGUCCGUAGGAUCCCGGCCGAGGCCUUCUACUACCUGGUGGAGCUCCAGUACCUCUGGUUGACCUAUAAUUCUGUGGCCAGCCUUGACACCGGCAGCUUUUACAACCUAAAGCAGCUGCAUGAGUUGCGCUUGGAUGGAAAUUCUCUGGCUGCCUUCCCUUGGACAUCUCUGAGGGACAUGCCCCGUCUGAGGACCCUGGAUUUGCACAAUAACAGAAUAACCAGCGUGCCAAACGAGGCAGUCACGUAUCUGAAGAACCUUGCCUACUUGGAUUUAUCAAGCAACAGAUUAACCACACUGCCGCCAGAUUUCCUGGAGAGCUGGUCCCACUUAGUCACAACAUCAUCCAGAAGCCUGGACCUUUCAGCAAGAAGAAUUAUUCUUGGCCUGCAGGACAACCCAUGGUUCUGUGACUGUCACAUUUCCAAAAUAAUGGCAUUGUCAAAAGUCGCUGACCCUGUGGUAGUACUUCUCGAUCCACUGAUGGUUUGUAGUGAACCGGAACGCCUCACAGGGAUUUCAUUUCAGCGGGCUGAGCUGGAGCAGUGUCUGAAGCCAUCGGUGAUGACCUCGGCCACCCAGAUCACGUCUGCUCUGGGCAGUAACGUUCUGCUGCGGUGUGAUACCACUGGCUACCCUACCCCGCAGCUCACCUGGACCAGACCAGACAGCUUGCCAGUUAAUUAUACAGUAAUUCAGGAAUCUCCAGGGGAGGGAGUCAGAUGGUCCAUAAUAAGCUUGACAGGCAUUUCUUACAUGGACGCUGGGGAUUACAAGUGUAAGGCCAAAAAUUUGGCUGGGAUGUCAGAAGCUGUGGUUACUGUGACAGUGGUUGGUGUUGUCAUGACCACCAUAUCAUCAGAAACUUCUGAAAGAAGAACUGGGGAUCACCCUGAGCAAGAGGUCCAGCUGGGAUCUAGAACAUCUGCAUCUCUACCUGGGUCAUCAUCGUCUCCCUGGCCUUAUUCCUCCUCUUCUUCCUUCCCAGCUUCUUCCACUUUUCUUCCUACUUCUACUUCAUCUCCUCCCUCCACUGCUUCCUUCUCCUUAUCUCCUUUCUUCUCCUCCAUUGUUUCUUCAGCCACAACUCCAAGCACUAGAAUAUCUACAAGCACUACCAUGGCCAGCCGUCAGUCACUCCACCCAGAUGGGAAAAGAAAUGUCAAGGUGGAGACGGGUAGUGGUAAGCUUCCCCCAGCUAGUGCAAGUAAAAGAGAAGAGUUGGCAUUGUUGGAUCAAGCCCUGCUGAUGGAAACGAAUGCCACAAUAGAAAAUCUCCAGGUAGUCAGCGAAACUGAAGAAAGCGUGAUCUUGAUGUGGAACACCAUUAACACCACGCAGAAUUUGGAAGUGACUGUGUUGUAUUCCAAGUAUGGUGAGAAGGACCUGCUACUGCUUAAUGCAGACUCCAGCAAGAACCAAGUCACCAUAAGUGGCUUGUUGCCUGGUUGGCAAUAUAUAGCAUGUGUCUGUCCAAAAGGAAUGCCUCCCCAGAAAGACCAAUGUAUCACCUUUUCUACUGACAGAGUUGAAGAAGAAGGUGAUUUUCAAGGGUCUUUCCUUAUGGUGGUGAGUGGUGCUGCCUGUGUUGUUGUCUUGCCAUUAAUUUUUUUCCUGUUGUACAAAGUUUGCAAACUUCAGUGUAAGUCAGACUCCCUCUGGGAAGAUGAUUUGGCAAAAGAGACUUAUAUCCAAUUUGAAACGCUGUCCCCCAGGUCUCAAAGUGUAGGGGAACUUUGGACACGAAGGCCCAGAGACGAUUCAGAAAAAUUGCUGCUUUGCUCUAGGUCAAGUGUGGAAUCUCAUGACUUUUAAAAGUGAGGG